GUUGAAUUCCGUGAUUUUUUUAUUGCCGAUGAACUCAACAGUUUGGCUUAUUCUAUUUGGACUAUAUCUUAUUUUGCCUGUGCUUAUGGAUGGAAUUGGACUAGUCUCGAUACCAACUGUGAGAUGACUGGCUCAUGGGCCGCGCCUUUGUUGGCCUCAUUACCGCCCUGGUGGCGUCUUCUUCAAUGCAUCCGCCGUUAUAGAGAUUCAAAUGAGACAGUCCAUUUGGUAAACGGAGCCAAGUACCUUAGUAGUAUAUCAGCCUCAAUGGUUACAGGUAUCCGUCGCUUUUAUCCCGGACCUACCAUGGACAUUCUGUGGAUCGUAGUGAGCACAGUAAGCUCGUGUUACACUUCAACUUGGGACCUUAAGAUGGACUGGGGCCUUUUUCAAUCCAACAGUCGCAAUUUUCUACUGCGAGAUGAAAUUGUGUUUCACCGCUGGUCUUAUUAUACCGCCGCAUCCUCCAAUGUCGUGCUUAGAUUUGGAUGGGUACUCAAUACCAUCGGUCUUACAUUAGAUGGUCGUCUGAUUGGAUUCAUAGUGGCUCUUUUGGAAGCUUACCGUCGUAUCCAAUGGAAUUUCUUCCGUCUUGAAAAUGAACAUAUCAACAAUUGUGGACAAUUCCGU